AUGGAAGACGAUAUGAAGAAGAAACUAAUACCGGGCGAUUCGGUCGACAGUGAGGAGAUUGUGGUGAACAAUCGAAUCACAACACAGGCAGAGAAAGAGAAGAAAUGUCUGAUAUCUAUAGCAGAAAGGCUCAUUCGUACUGCUCGUGUGUCUCCUCGUUCCUUAAUGCGGAACAUGAACCCUCUUUUUCCUUUCAGUGUUACUCAAGUCGAGAGAGAAGUUCUCAAGAUACACAGAGAACGCAAAGACAAGGCCAAGAAAUUCCUCAAGGGUUUUGAUGGGAAACUAACACUCUCUUAUGACCGAGUUGCUUAUGAUGAUGAUUAUGACGAAUGGGACGACAGUUAUUCCAGAGAUGGCCAUGUUCUGCACAAUUCUUUCGUCUGUGUAAGUGUCCAUUUCGUUGACCAUAACUGGAACGCCAAGAAAUGGAUCUUGGGGUACUCUCCUAUUGAGUUUGAUCGAGUGGAGAAAGUUGAGGUUUACAGAUUCAAGCACGUUAUCUUGGAUUAUGAGAUUGAAGACAAGGUAUCUACUGUGCUAGUGCCUAACUGGGGUGGUGUUCUUGGUCGUGAACGGCUUGAUGGUUUCAGAAAGUGGAUAGAUAAGAAAGGAAGAAACCCGGUCGACCCUUGCUUCUUCCGCAUCUAUUGCUGCUCUGAUCUAUUCAGGCUAAUGGCUGGUGAUCUGUUUGACAACAUGGACUUGCUGCUUGAGGAUAUUCGGCUCUUGGUUAGUUGGGGGAAGUUGACAUCAACCAACUGGAACGUUAGUUUGUGUAAUCUGCAAGAAGCUUUAGAUAUGGAAGAUAAGAAAGUAUUUGAAGAGGAUGAGUAUUACCAAGACUUUGAUCAACCAUCUGAUGAAGAAUGGAUAAUGAUCCGAACUUUCUGUAAGCUCGCUGGUUGCAUCUAUAAAGUGGCUAAGGAGCUUUUUGAAGGAGGGUAUUCAACAGCUAGUGUCUACUUCCACCUUCUUGCUGAGCUGAAGAGCAUGCUAAACGAGGAGCUAAAGAAUGGAGAUAAUGAGUACUUCCUUGACAAAGCUAAGGAGAUAGUGGAGAGGUUUGAUAAGUAUUGGAACGAUACUUUUCUUGUUUUGGCUACUGCUUCUGUCUUAGACCCUCGUUUCAAGAUGAAGUUUCUUGAGUUUUACUGCUCAAAGAAGAAAGACACUGAUGAAGGCUCAAAAGCUGAAACUGUUUUGGACUAUUUACGCAAUCUAUGUGCUCACUAUGCAGCUAGCGGUAUCAUCAGUCCAAAAACAGAAUGCCGGGAUGCUACAUUUGAUUCACUUUCCUAUACCUCAGAAGAAGAAGAAGAAGAAGAAGAAAGUGAUAGCGACGAAGAAGAAGAAAGUGAUAGCGACGAAGAAGAGCAAAGGAAGGACAAGGAAGAGAAAAAGCAUGAUGCAUACGAGGGUUUUGGUUUGUUUCAGGAAUUUCUCAAGUUUGAAGGAGCUUCAAGAGAGUUUGAUGAAUCUGAGCUCGGUUCCUAUCUCAAGGAACCAGUUAUGGAGUGGAACAAAGACUUUAAAGCAUUGGAAUGGUGGAGAGUAGAGAGCCGAAAGUAUCCAAUCCUCUCCCGAGUAGCUCGUGACGUUCUGUCCAUACUAAUCUCUCGUGCCACAUCGUAUGAGGCUUAUGUUGCUGACCAAAGAGAGUGUCCUGAAUUUGUGGUGACCAUGAAAGCCAAGCUUGUGAACGCCAUGAUGUGCAGCAAGCAAUGGUCAACGCUUUGA